CUCGCAUUCUUCGGAGAACCUGCCAAGGAGGAGAAGGGGAGGUCUAGGCCUAAUAACCUGUCGCUUUGGAAGUGGUUCGUGCUCUUGACGUUGACAUUUUUGUGGUGUUGAGCGAAACAUCGUUGCCCGAGUCUUGGAUACAACGUGCCUUUGAUGUUCAAGUGAAAAGCAAACCUUACCCAACGCGAUGAGCAUGUUGAGGAGCUUAAGCCAUGACAGAACCAUUGCUGCAAUGGGCAGCCAUGGCAAAAUGCAGUUCUCCUCUAGUCUGUGGGUUCCUGGAGCAUCCUGGGGACCCCUCUGCAGCAGUUGUCGAGGCAGCUGAGCCAUGGAGUGUGUGGCAGGAGGGUCAGGCCUUGGCGGUGCCCUCCCCAAGGUUCGUAGCAGCUCACCUGGCGACUUGGGCUACCACACCCUGUUGCCCGCACCGGGAUGGCCGACCACAGCCACAAGCAACAGUCACCACCAGCGACCAUCGGCAAAAAGCUGCCUCUUUGACCGACUGCCAGAUGACCUGCUGCUUCGUGUCCUCGCCUGCCUUUCGAGCGACGAGCUGUGUCGGUGCGCUCGCGUCUGUCGGCGAUGGUACUUCCUUGCCUGGGAGCCUCGCUUGUGGACCAGCAUUGUGUUGGCAUCUGAGCACCUGCCCGUCGACCAGGGCUUGCGCACCAUUUUCCGGUUGCUGAGCCGGGAUACUCCUGGCGUGUGUUCUGCUGUAGAGCGUAUCUGCCUGAGUGGCUGCCUGUGCCUAACCGACAGUGGCCUAAGUGCGGCGGCUCGGAGGUGUCCCCAGUUGCGGACGCUAGAAGUGCGUGGUUGUUCCCAAGUCACGGAUGUGGGUGUUUCAGAAGUGGUCACACGCUGCCUCAACUUGUCACGCCUCGAUGUCACUGGCUGCUACCAGGUGACAAGUAUACGUCCGAGGCAUGGGGCGAACUUGGAAAUGAACGAGUCCCUUGGUGGCCUGGCUCCCUCGGGCGGAAACCAGCUGUACCUGCAGUACAUCGACCUUACCGACUGUCAAGCCUUGGAGGACUCUGGGCUGAAAGCCCUGGCCAGAGCGUGCCCGCAGCUCACACAUCUCUUCCUGCGGCGCUGCGUACGGCUGACUGAUGCUGCACUCAAGUGUGUGGCCAGCUACUGUGUUGUCCUGAGGGAGCUCAGCAUCAGUGACUGCGUCCAGGUGACAGACUUUGGCCUGUAUGAGCUUGCCAAAUUGGGUCCGCACCUACGCUACCUGAGCGUGGCCAAGUGUGAGAGGGUGUCAGAUGCUGGGCUGAAGCAGGUGUGCCGGCACUGCUACCGGUUACGCUACCUCAAUGCUCGAGGCUGUGAGGCGGUCUCGGAUGCCACUCUGGAAGUCCUGGCUCGCUCGUGUCCAAGGCUUCGUGCCCUUGAUGUUGGCAAAUGCGAGGUUGGAGACCGAGGCCUGGCGUUCUUAGCCCGCCACUGCCUGAACUUGCGCAAGCUGAGCCUCAAGUCAUGUGACCUGGUCACCGACCGAGGCCUGCAGGCCCUGGCCUACUUCUGCCGGGGCCUGCAGCAGCUCAGCCUGCAGGACUGUGCGGGGGUGACUGUGGACGGCUACCGCAUUGUGCGCAAGUACUGCCGUCGCUGCAUCAUCGAGCACACCAACCCGGGCUUCCACUGAACAGCACUUCUUGGCCAGGUAGCGAGAAUGGAUGGAAGGAGGGCUGGAGAGCCAUACCUUGGCACAACCAAGUAGUAGCACUGGCACUCGGAACAUCGGAAGCAGGUUCACCAGAUGAAUUCUGGCAAAUGAGUUGUUACAACCUGCUACGUGAAUUCAAUUCCAAAAUUGGAACUUUGGCCUGCAUUUUCUCUUCUAGCAAACAACCUUUUACCAUGAAAUCAACAAGAACAGGGUUUUGAAAUAAUAUUUUAGCACUCUGAAAUGGUGUGGUGUCUAAAACACGACUGCUGUUUGAACACACAUGCUGAGGCCAGCAGGGAGCCUUUCCUUCCGUCCAUUCUCUCUGCCCUCGGCCAAUGACAAGUGUUGUCUCGUGCUUGUGCUUGGACACUCAUCACAGGGCUUCCAAGAACUUCAUCUAAAGCCUGCCUCGCGUGGAGCAUUUACUGCACGUGAAAUUGCAUUCUGUGUGUCAUGGACACUGCGUCAUAGUCAUACGCAACACCUGCAUGCAACAAAUGGUGCCAAGGCUGAUCCCAACGGGAGGUGCUGAGGCAUGCACCACUGCUACUCCCAUUUGAGGCAAAAGUAAUCUUGACAAAAGGAAAGCACUUCAAUGAUCAAGGUAGCUUACCUCUUCAAAAAUACCACCUGUGCUUAUUGUUCAGGUUUCAGUUAAAGGGGCACUGCAACACUUUUGGAAUAUUGUAAGAAAAUUUUUGCCAUCUGUAGACAAUGCUUCCACCAACAUGCGAACCAAAUGUUAUGCUGCGUGUAGCAGGGAGUACUCAUUUGCCCUUUUAUGCAGAUAAGUACAGUUACUGAUGAAUUUUUCAUGGAAGGGGCCGCAAGAUUUUCCACGUUACCAGGCAACCAGAAGCAAAUUCGAAUGAGCAAAAUAUAUAUUUUCUAGAAUUUGUGGGUAGAUGAAGAGAAAGAUACGCUUCAUGCCUUGUCGAUAAUAUCCUCACACCAGUGGUACGAAACACAGCCAGCCAGACUUUUGCAUCCACUCUGCCUCUGCAGGCUAUAGUGUAGUCCGCAGUGGGAUGACACUGUUAUGAAAAGCGCUGGCAGAAGGGAGCAAGUGCUUCAUCUGCCUCUUGCUUCAACGCACAUCUGAAAGUUGAAGUUAUGCAACCUCCAGUAUUAAACUCCUGGGAUGACAGCGCAUAUGAUACCACACCAUCUCAGCAUGUCCGCUCGUUGCCCACGUCACACAUUAUCUCUGAGCAGGGCGUGCGGGCUGCAUAUGUGCUCAGCUCCACUGACAGCCACUGCGCCGCCAUGGCCCCACUAGAAAAGGAGACGCGUGCUUACGUGCCCUUCUCCCCUUUUGCGGAGAUACUGCGCUCAUCAAGAUGCAUCAAAAAUUCUCAACUCACCCUCGUACGCUUGUACUUGCACCUAAAGGAUACAACAUGCAAGGUGUGACAGGAUUUUAUCUUACUUAGACUUUAUCCGGAACACGACGCUGCUCCACUUUGGCGGUCACUCUCGGUCACCAGUUAUUUGAGGGGUGCAUUUGCAAGCAGCCGCUUGUAAUUCAGCCAUUUGGAUUUGUUAUCUCGGUAUUUAUUAUUGCACUGAAAUAUCAUUAUGUGAGAAUUGAGUAUAAACACGCUUCGUUAUGUUGAGGUUCUAAAUACAUGGUGUUCUAUGGACAGGUUAUAGAAACCUAAAUAUGUUGUUACAUCAAGAAUUUUGUUAUAUUGGGGUUUGCUGUCAUCGUCAUCAUCAGCCUGGUUACGCCCACUGCAGGGCAAAGGCCUCUCCCAUACUUCCCCAACUACCCCGGUCUUGUAGUAAUUGUGGCCAUGUUGUCCCUGCAGACUUCUUAAUGUCAUCCGCCCACCUAACUUUCUGCCGCCCCCUACUACGCUUCCCUUCCCUUGGAAUCCAGUCCGUAACCCUUAAUGACCUUCGGUUAUCUUCCCUCCUCAUUACAUGUCCUGCCCAUGCCCAUUUCUUUUUCUUGAUUUCAACUAAAAUUUCAUUAACCCGCGUUUGUUCCCUCAUCCAGUCUGCUCUUUUCUUAUCCCUUAACGUUACACCCAUCGUUCUUCUUUCCAUAGCUCGUUGCGUCGUUUUCAAUUUAAGCAGAACCAUUUUCGUAAGCCUCCAGGUUUCUGCCCCAUAUGUGAGUACUGGUAAGACACAGCUGUUAUACACUUUUCUCUUGAGGGAUAGUAGCAACCUGCUGUUCAUGAUAUGAGAAUGCCUGCCAAACGCACCCCAGCCCAUUCUUAUUCUUCUGAUUAUUUCAGUCUCAUGAUCUGGAUCCGCAGUCAGUACCUGCCCUAAGUAGAUGUAUUCCCUUACCACUUCCAGUGCCUCGCUACCUAUCGUAAACUGCUGUUCACUUCCGAGACUGUUAAACAUUACUUUAGUUUUCUGCAGAUUAUUUUUAGACCCACCCUUCCGCUUUGCCUCUCCAAGUCAGUGAGCAUGCAUUGCAAUUGGUCUCCUGAGUUACUAGGCAAGGCAAUAUCAUCAGCGAAUCGCAAGUUACUAAGGUAUUCUCCAUCAACUUUUAUCCCCAAUUCUUCCCACUUCAGGUCUCUGAAUACCUCCUGUAAGCACGCUGUGAAUAGCAUUGGAGAGAUCAUAUCUCCCUGUGUGACUCCUUUCUUUAUUGGGAUUUUGUUGCUUUCUUUAUGGAGGACCAGUUUGCUGUAUCGAGGUUUAACUGUAGGUCGAUUGAUCUCCUGCAGCUUUCAAGGCUCUGUUUUGCCACUGCCAGUGAUGUCAAACACACGCAUAACAGCCCCUAGACGUCAACCAUUGGGCAACUGUUCAUGAAUUACUCCUGAGCCAACACUCGCACAUGCAUGCACAGCCUUGCUCUCUUCAAUCAAGCAAGCUGGGAAACGAUGGCGGUUGAUGCAUCCCACCCAUCCUGCCGCCACUCAUUUGUCAUUCUCGAACACCUUUGUCAGACGCUAACCAUAAAGAGUCACCUUAUGUAUACUGCGAAAUGUAGAAAAAGGACAACGCAAUAGGCACAGCAUUGUUGUUGCUGCCGCCACAGCCGAGAGAAAACACAUUGAAAGGGAAUGGAAAAACUAAACAUUUCUCUCUUUAUGUGUUUGUUCUUAUUAGGUCCUUUUGAAGAUUUCUACACAAAUAGUAUAUUCAAUGAAGGGCAUUGGACUUAUUUCAUUGUGUUGUCAUAUUAAGAAAAAAUUUGUUGCAGGGCCCCUUUGAAAGGUACCACAGAUUAUUUGCCUCUCACGCUAUGCCUAACCAUGUUGCACUCAGGUGGUCUCGCUGUGGCGUACCUUGCUUUAGAUUGAUCUGUUCAAGUGACCCGCAUGCAGCAUUCGGGAUAGUUUCAAUGCACAUAGUUAGCACGGUGUUUUUUGGCUUGGCGAGAAUCCGUUGCCAACGUGAAAACAUGUUGGUUGGCAUGUCAAAUCUCUCCUGACUAGCACUUGCGCAGUCUGUUCACGUGCAAAAUGUGCCAUGCUGGUCAUCCUUAUUAAGGCCAGGCAAGAGACUAUGCUGGGAACAACCAUCUUCCAUAUUGGAAGAGUGAGCUUGGGAACAAAGGUUACGGUGCUGAGCGGACGAGUCUGCUUAGUGCCAUAACUUUUGUUUUUAAGUCAUGAACCAACUAGCUCAGCAAGUUUUGUUAAAUCGUUUGAGCUUGGGAGUUCGGCUGUCACGGAUGAAGCUCCUUUCAGUCAUUUAUUUACCAAUUGUGAGCCACCUUGUAAGAUAAGAAAAAGAACACACUCGGUUCUAUUUUUGUACAGUUACCUGCGGGACUUGUAAAAAGGUUCUACUGAUGAUCACGGUUGCAUUUUUGCUGCCGGUUUGUAGAGAUAUAUGGCUAACUGUGGUUGAGUACAGCAUACGUUGGCAUGUAAAUUGUACACAGGUUUCUAAUGCGAAAGCAUACACCAGAAAGCGGGUAGGGCUUAAAAGUAUCCCUGCAAUGAAGUGCGGGUCCAUCGUGCACAUUUCAUCCUUUCUGUACUUAGUGUGGAGAAGUGCACCGCCAAAUGUGGUAACUAGACGGAUUACAUUUUAAUCAGUGUGACACUGCCUUGACCCUCGUGUACAUUCACGCUUGAAGAAUUUCGGGACAGAGAGACCUGUUCCUGUUGUGAUGUGUGCAUUUACUGUCAUUGGCAAGAGGAAAUCAAUGCCCUUUCCUCAUUGAACUUAAUCCCUUUAGGUGCUUUACCCUGUGUUAAUAUGCACUGACACGUGCAAAAUGUGUGUUUUACUCGACAGGAAGACAUGACACGAGGGGCUCAGAAGAGUGCCUCGUCUUUCUAUUUCUUACUUUUGCUUUUUCACUUUGCGAUUCUUCAUGGAAACCGAGUGCAAUAUGUGUGCCUUGUAAAAAAAGGCUUAGUUGCCAUGAAUGAAUGUACCUGUGCAGAUAGAGAAGUGAUUAGGUGGUUUACUAACGAAAACAUAGUGAUUGUGAGGCCUUAUCUAAUGGAGAGUGUCUUCCUUCAAGCACUGUUGUGCUGUGGUGUAACCUUGACCCCUGUGAAGGCAGUGACAAAUAUUCAGAGAAAGGCUUAAAUUGUAGUGGUGAAAACAGUUUUACGAGCUGAAGCUCUGGUUGUACGUUUUGUGUGUAACAAGAACUGACGGUCGCUAUAGAUGUAUCUGACAUCAUUGUGGCUAGAAGUCAAGAUUUGCUUUUUAUUUUGUGUUAGUGGUUUUCAAAUGCUAGACUUAUCAAGCCUUCUAUUUCAUUCAUUAUUUCUUCACAUAUUUUUUAAACCUUGCGUACUAGUUUACAACAACAUUCAACGCAAGCAUAGGCGUGCCUAGCUGUUUGUUUGAUUGCUGUCAAGCUUGACAGUGGGCCUGGUGCUAAACUUGAACAGGUGUGUUUUGUCUGCUGCAUGGUUCUUCUCAGCCCCUGCCCCUUAUUCUUGUUUUGAUAUAAGAAAUAUGUUCAUGUACAGAGAAAUACAAACUUUCACAACUUUCAGCUGCCUUCAGAGUGUAGAAUGAAAAAAAUGCAAGUGCAUGUUAUCUGCAAGUAAUCAAAAUUAGUAAAGGUCCUUCACUACAGCAGCUCUUGAGCGCCACUGUGCGCAUAAACUUAGUAAUUGCUGUGUUUAUGGAAAUAUACUCUAGCUGUUUUGUCAGCACUACCAUACAGCAUUGCUACAGCAACAGGAAGGACAUAGCACGCAACGAUGGUGCUUGCUUUGCAAAUGCUAUAGAAGGUGCAGUAUGAGUGGUGCGGUAGACGAAGGCAAGCAAGAAAUUGCCACUUGAAAACACUUGUACGUAUGUCUAAGUGAUGAACAAUGCAAUAUUUUCUGCAUUUUGGGUUUACUUUGACAUGACCAGUGCAUACUUUCCAACUAUCCUGAAUUUUCCUUAAUAUUUACGAAAGGGGGCUUGUUCUAAGAUUUUACGAAUUUUGUGUCAAGUUUGCCAAAUCAGUAAUUCUGUUCACAAAUUAGGUGUGGCUCUGCUAUUGCGCAAACACCGGAUACCAGUGGAGCUGGAUGAAGGCCAGUAAAGUAGUGCCGAACCACACACAAGGCACGCCAGCGCCGGCGUCCGCAGCUCGCGUGGCCAACGCCAUAGUAGACACUGCAGUUGUCUCCACUCUGUACGGAGCAGUGGGUGAGGAGGACAUCGAGGCACCCUAGCAGCCACCAGGGAACUCCCUCUCUCACCUGAACGCCCCCCCCCCCCCCCCUGCCUCAUGCGCCGCUUCUCCCCCGCUAGGCUUCACUAGGCUUCACGUCGCUAUGCUACGCGAUGCUAUUUUUAUACUCUGCUUUCACUCUCGGCUCUCUCUCUGCCAGCAUGGUGAAGCUGCGUAUGUCAAGAGAAACCCGGCAAGCUUCUAACAGCUCCACUAUAAAAAUUUUCUAUCAUUGGUCCGUGUCUAUGCACUUUGAAGUUGUUGAAAGAACAUUGCUGCUUCCAGCAAGUUUUCUUCAGACAAGUUCUUGAAGCAGGCCAAAUCUGCAUCAGUAAAGUAGCUGAAAAAUGCACUGUGAUCUAAAAACAGUACAUUGCUAUUCAGUCUUUGAUGUUCUAAGUUUGCUGCUGCUUGUGUGUUGCUCCUAAAGGUAAAUCGCUGUUAAAAAACGCAUCUGUAUCCCUCAGAAGUUGUGUAUGUGAACAAAACUCAUAACAUAUGUGCUGUUUUGUUGUCGUGUCUGCAAAAUGUUGACAUAUUUUGUUGUUUGUAUGUUGGCAGGCGUACCAGUAUGUCUUUUUCUUUUUAAUGAUAUUUGCACUCACCUGACUUGUCCUCUGCUCUGCCAAAUUCUUCCAGAUCAAGAAUAUUUGAUACCAUUCGCUAAGUAUGAAAACCUGCUGUGGCCAGGACUGAAUGGCUUAUGAAAAUUUCUCAGUCAAAAUAUGUCAAAUUAACAAGCAUUUGUAGUAUUUGGUGUUUAAUUAUUAUUGCUUUGGUUGUGGUGGCAGUACGCUGACUGAACACACUUAGACUGGUAUAAGCCAUAAUCUUAUAAAACUUAGAGCUACUCUAUUCUCAAACUCUCAUUUUCAAUGUGCUGCUUUAUUUAUUACGUUGACAUGCUUAGUGGCAGUUGUUGUGGUUUGUUCUUGUGAUGCCUUAUUACAGCAAUAUGUUUUUUGCAUGCUGGUCAUGUACUUUGAGGUGACAAAUGAAUUUGCGUGCUCGAUUGUUUGCAUGCCAGAGUAAUUUUGGAAGCUUAUCUGGCUGAGCAGAGAUACGGGCAGCGGUAUGGCAGGAAUUCUCAUUUCAUCAAAUGUCCCCAGUAAUAAAGAAGGUUCAGUUGUGACAUAAGCUACAAUUUCCUAACGGAUAAUUAAGGAGUAAGAGUAUCCGUACCCAACACAUGAGCAUAUAUGUGCACUCUUUUUGUAGUGCACAAAGUCUGGAAUGCAUAUUGUCACCAACACUCUUUCAUUAUUGGCAAAAGAGUUUAGGAAAUAAAUACUAGUGGUUAAAGCUGGUGAAACAUGCUGAAGAAUGGAAUGGCCAUUUCUGAGAAAUAAAGCAGAUAACUACAGUAUCUAUGCUAGCCUGAGCCACUCUUGAUUUUAAACUAUUGCACGUAGGGCGGCGAUUGGGCCUGGUUUAUUAUACAUUUUCUUGAAUAAACACACUGUUUUACACAUAACUUUAAAACUGGAUGAAACGCACACCAUACAGAGUUCGCGUUUUAUAUCUUGUCUUUCUUAACUGCUGCUCGGCAAUGAACUUGGAAAUACUUAUUAUUAUUUAUUCUGCUGCUAGCAUUCUCCUCAUGCUGGUCGUGAGGAGCUAUUGAAUUCUAAUUGCAUGGCAUGCUCAGAUUUCUGUUUCUUAUUGUACCUGUGUUAUACGUGCUGCUUCAGAACUUUGCUAUCAAGUUGUUUCGCAUGAAGGCACUCGCAUUGCAGGGGUUUUUCUCAGUGGCACUCUCGCCUAUGAUGUCAUAUUACUCAGACAUGUUAAGACUUGUUCUGUUAUAGGAAUUCUCUCUACUUUGGCUCAGCUCAUUUUAAAGCGAAUAGCUUUCUUUGGCUCUUUCAGACGUUUCUACGGUUGGUUGAUGGUCGGAUUCUGCAAGGAAUACCUGUGUUUAUUUGUUUGGCCUGUUUGCUUGCUUUGAACAUUGUUGAUGGUUUCUGCACUUUUUUUUUUUACUUUUUAGUGAACCUUUAAUGCUUGCCUAACAGUACAGGCCACACUUUUCCUUUACAAUACAAGUGUAGGUCAUGUGGAAGAUUCAUUUAAAUUGUUGGGUGCCCAGUGGGAACAACUGAUGUUAUUAGACUCCAAAACGAAAUAAGAAAGCUUGGCGCCUAAUCUUUCAUCACUGGACAUUCACCUAACCCAUUGCUGACAAUUACAUUGAAGUGAGGAAAUCUUAAACCUUAUGUCAGCCUGAGUAUCAAUGAAGUGUUUACUGUAGGAGUGGAUAUUACUGCACAUUUCCUACCAUUCCACGCACUUGAGGUUUAGUUGUUACAAGUAUCUGGUGUCGUUUACACUGAUUCAUGCUGAGUUUUUUUUUUUUUUUCCUCCCUCUUGUAGUCUUAUGCAUGUACAUUUAUUUUCUUGAAGGACCAUUCAAAUAAGGCUUUUCAUGGGGUAGAAACAAACUUGGAAGCAAGUUUCAUGAUAGCUUUGGCUUAACAAAAGAUUAUGCGAUUACUUUGUAGGCCUAAGCCUCCACAUGGUCCAGAACUACUCAUUCAUCAUCACUUCAAUAUGCCUAAUACAUAGUUACUGGUGCUUUGAAGCACUGAACGAUUUAUGAUGUCCUGGGAGCCAUUUAUUUACAAAAUAGGUAACGUCACUAGCGGCAGAGUUGUUGCUUGUGUUGCUUAAUACUUGAGAGCUGUAAUGUCCUCAUUCCAGAAGUGCGCAGACCGUUUCUAAAGCUUAUCUAAUGAACAGAGCUCUAUGCUGCUUGAACUCUUGCCUACCUCUUCUCUUUCUUGCGUAUUAUGUGGUGUGUUGCUGGAACGAGGAAGGAAUGAAAAUGUCAAUAAUAUAGUUGAAUGCCAUGUAUAGUCUCAAAUGUCUGGCAUGCUGUUUCCGUCAUGCAGAAUGUCAAUAGACACUUCGAAGGUUAAAGAAAGAAAAUACGAAAUACUUGGCCAGUUGACUUUUUUGCACAAUGAAAACUUCACCUCAGUGGUGUGUGAACCAGCUGCAAAGGAUGAAUUAGGUUCUAUGCUGGCUUCUAGUGCAGGGCAGGUAGAGUUGGUAUCUAUGUGAACCUGUGAGAGUAGCAUGCCGCUAGUGGAACGACCGCGUGAAUUCUGCCCAAAACAUGUCAAAACGAGAUCACAGGAAGCAUAUUUCAUUGAGGAGUCUAUUUUUACUUUGUUUCAGUCAUCUGUGAUUUUGAUGCAAUUGUUUUAAACACUGAAGGAAACAGACCGGGAUAUACUUGUCGUCAUCAGCUUCAACAUUAUUUUGCGCUGAGCAGUUGUGGUUGCGUUUCAGAGUGAAUAUAAUGUGCAAUCAUUUUCAAACAUUUACUGCAAAAAAUUCAAGCAGAAGCCCUUCUGGGAGUUGUCUCAGUAUCUGUAAGCACUGUGCCACUUGCUCAUCUCCAUGCAGCCUGCUGUCAUCAUCAAUGUUAUGAAACUCUGAAUCCGACCAGUAUAAACCCUUAUCAGUCGGUGUCAACCUUAGCAGACUUGAUUCAACCCUUACCGGCGCUUAUUGACCUUAUCAGAAUUCCCGGACCAUUAUAAGCCCUUAUCACUCUUUAGCACCUUACCUAUCCCCAUCAAACCAUUAUCAACCUUGAUGACACCCAUAUAACCCCUCAUCACUCCUUAUCAUCCUUAUCAACUCAUUAAUUGCUUGUGUCUGCAUAGUUUGACGUGAAGCACAUGAGCCCUCAGAUUGGUGGCAUUUUGGACGGUGAAGGAAUGCCACAACGAAAGGCGUACCCUACGACCACCGAAACGCAUGGGGAAUAUGGCAUGUUUGGCAUUACAUUUUGCAAAAUCUGAAUUUUCCUGAUGUCUACAGUGCUCCAAGUCAGCUCUACAUGUGGGCCUAGAGAUGACUUUUAUUCUAGCAUCACCAAAUCUUUUGACAAAGCCUUCAUAGAAACUGUUCUCCUUUGACAUUUGUUUUGUACCACCGCUACAAGACAUUCAUAUGGCUCAGAUAUAUUAACCUUAUGCAAGCAUGGGUGUUUAGCCCACUGGAAGGGUAAGACAUUCGGCUUCUGAUCGUGGGGGGGGUAGCUUCGAAACUCGCCACCACCAAUGUCUCCUUUCAAAUUUAUUUUGUUUUAUACAUUAAUUACAUAUAACCAUUCGUCUUGCAUGACGGACAGAAGGAUAGGUUUCCUCGUUGGGUAGGCACAGAAAUGCUUACGCAUUUCAGAAAGAAUUGUGAAAAAGUAAUAAUAUCCCAUGCAAUUCUUUUAAAACACAAAGCCACGAAUGCCCGGCAUUCUCCUUAACUUGCACCUUACUAUCUCGCCACGCAUGUUAAAAAGCACUGGAGGUGCAUGUAGGGACCACAUUCAUGUCUGUCGUGAGCUUAAAGGCACCAAUGCUGAGGAUUUGGCCUCAAGAUCGCCUACCACAAUGUCUCUGCAUGAGCUUACAUUUUUCAUUUCUGCAUGGAUGUGAUAAUUAAGUAAAGGUGUACUGAAUUAUGAGAAUACAUGUGGAAAUUUGUUGGCUGUGACGAGUCUAAAUUGCCAUAGCAAAGGAGUUCAUUGUGCAGUUUAGCAGAGUUGAUGGUUCUAUGCAAUAAGGUACAACAGUUGUUAUCAAAGUGGUAUAUAGACACCUAUGCAAUGCGUUUUUUAGCACUAUUUCUCAAGACAUUGCCACUUUGACUGCGAUUUUCUCGAGCCACGUGCCAGUUACUUUCUGUGCAGUUACAGUAUUUCUCAAUAGUGUGCCAUUUUGACUGCGAUUUCUCCUAACCCACAUCACCAGUUUCUGCCCAUUUACUUUUGUAUUCAGUAGUGAAGCAUGUUAAGCUUAAAGCAUGUUAUGAUGGCAGGUGAUGCAAGAGUGCUUCUUGUGCUAUUUUGAAAUUUUUUGUGAGAUAUACAAUGUUGGAGUAAUGUUUCUGUGAGAUGAAAGGUGCUAUUGCUGUAAUUUACAGGCGUUUGGUGUUUGUAUCCAGUGACAAUGCUUCCAUUGUGAAGACGAGGAAGAAGCCUUUUUUUUUAAUUCUUGCAUGAGUCAGGAAAGACAAGUAGAUUUUCUAUAUCUUAAGGAGAACCUGCAUCAGAAUUCUGUUCUUUCAUUCACAUAGAAGUGCCUUAUUGCAGAACUUGUGCAAGUGCCUUCGAGCAGUCAUCGCUAUGGUCAAAGGAAAUAAAAUUGUUACAAAGUGUG